AUGUCGACAACGGUCAGCGUCGAAGGACUGAGUGCAUUGCAACGCCGCGUGGCCGCGUCCUCUAGCCCCGGUACAGCGCCCGUGAACCCGCUCUGGGACUUUUACGCCUGCGGCCUCGUGGACGAGAACGACGAUGGCUCUGGCGGCGAAGACACGGAAGACGAGCUGGAGACUGAAGCUUGGAUUCUGUUCCAGCGCCAACGCGCACAGACGCGUCUCGCCAACGCGUGCCAGCACGAGGCUCGCGUCAUGCGCGCUGCCAAGCACUGA